GGGGGGCGGCGGCGGCCAUUUUGGUUACAGAGUGAAAGUGACAGGAGCCGGGGAGAGGGUGGGAAGCAGAACGCCGGCCCUUCUCUCAGCCACGUCCCUCUUCCCUUCCCUGUCCCACCAUGUCGGAGAAGCUCAGCGCCGACAGCCGGUGCGAACAGACGGGCGACGAGAAACAGGGCAGCUUAGCAGCAUGGUGUGCAGCUCCGGAUACGCAGGAGAAGGAAGCAGUCGUCCCUGAGAGAGCAGAAGAAGCAAAACUAAAGGCCAAAUAUCCUAAUUUAGGACAGAAGCCAGGAGGGUCAGACUUCCUAAUGAAAAGACUGCAGAAAGGGCAAAAAUAUUUUGACUCGGGUGACUACAAUAUGGCCAAGGCAAAGAUGAAGAACAAGCAGUUGCCAACCACCGGGCCUGACAAUAACCUGGUGACAGGAGACCAUAUCCCGACACCACAAGAUCUUCCACCGAGAAAGUCAUCACUUGUAACCAGCAAGCUGGCAGGGCCUGAAAACCAUGUUGAUUCAGUGGAUGCCGCCUGUGGAAUGCAAGAUCACAACUGAUAAUGCAUGUCAAAUAUGGUCUUCAUGUGGCAUAGAAAAUACAGCAUUUCACCUGGAACACAGGAUCAAACUGCAUUUAUAAUCUUGAGGAAUAUUUUAGCAGCGAUGCAACAGUGUGUUGGGUUAAAAGGUGUUUCACUGAAACGAUAAUUUUAAGAUUUCAGCAUGCAGCUUGCUGUGCUGAAAGCAAACAUGAAUCCCUGUUUUAAGUCCAGAAUUUAAAGAUUUGGGUUUGUUUGUUUUUUGGGGACGGGGGAGGGAAUCUGUUUAAUCAUUUCAUUCUGUAGGAUACCAUAUCGAGGUCAAGAAAACCCAAUGAAAGGUAACACUUGAAACUCCACAAUUGAUGUAGCUUUGUCUACAUACAUUCUCUGCUAUGCCUUACUUGGUCAUUUUUAGUCCCUAAAGUAAUUUGUACAAAGGUCUGUUUCAGUUGACCAUGUUUUGCUGCUGCUGAUUCUAAAUGGAAAACAUGGUAUUGCGUCUAGCUAAUCGGGGUAUUUCUAAGAGUCAUGCUUCAAAAAAGAAGUAAAAAGCCAAGCCUGACGUAUCGUACAAAUCAACUUCCAUGUUUCUGAGGUUGUAAGGAACCAUUUUUUUUUCCUUUUCAUAGAGACUGGUCAAUAAAAAGUGAAUUUCAGCAGAGUGAAAAGGAGACAAGGUUGGGGAGUAGGGAAUUCCUUCUUUGUAAAUGUGUAAUUUCAUUCUUUAGUCUGUCUCCUCAUGCCUUAUCUCCAGGUUCCAGUCUGAGAAGGUUGGAGGGAAAAGCCACUGGUGACUUGUAUAAUCGCCUCAAAUGUCUUGCUGUUUGUCCCAGCCACAUUGUAAAUAGAUAUGAAUCAUAUAUAUAAAAAUAUAUAUAAUUUUUUACAUCA